AUGUCUUCUUUCCUUUACCGCUGGGCCCUGUUGGCGGCCAGCAUCUGCUCCGUUUACGCUCAAACAUGGACGGAUUGCGACCCCCUCGUCAAGACCUGUCCGCCUAACCAAGCAUUGGGGACGAACACCACCUUCCUCUUCAACAAGACGCUCGACGAUACGGUCUGGAAUGUCACCAACGGCGCCGUCUCGUUCACCUCCGAGGGCACCGAGUUCACCAUCAAGGCCGAACACGAGUCCCCCACCAUGCAGUCGAACUUCUUCAUCUUCUUCGGCAUUGUCGAGUCGCACAUCAAGGUGGCCAAGGGCAAAGGUAUCAUCAGCAGUGUGGUGCUCCAGUCGGACGACCGUGACGAGAUCGACUGGGAAUGGGUGGGUUACAACACCAGCGAGGUGCAAUCCAACUACUUUGGCAAGGGUAACGACACCACCUUCGACCGGGGUGGCACGCACUCGGUGCCCAACGCCGACACCGAAUUCCACAACUACACCACCCACUGGACCGCGGAGAAGCUGGAAUGGUGGAUCGACGGCAAGCUCAUUCGAACCCUCAUGUACAACGACGCCCUGGGCGGCAAGAACUUCCCGCAGACCCCCUGCAACAUCCGGUAUGGUAUCUGGCCCGCCGGUAUCAAGUCGAACAAAGCCGGGGUCAUCGAGUGGGCGGGAGGUCUGGUGGAUUAUACGGCUGGUCCGUAUACCAUGGUGCUGCAGUCCGCCCGCGUGCAUGAUUUCCAUACCGGCAAGCAGUACGAGUACAGCGAUCAUUCCGGGUCAUGGGAGAGCAUCAAAGUCGUCGCGGGUAACUCCACCGUCGCCGACGCGAUCAACAACCCUCCGAAAUCGUUGGCCGAGAAAUGGGCGGACCUGCCUACGGGAGCCAAGGCCGGUGUAUACAUCGGGGCCGCCGCGUUCGGCGCCCUCUGCAUCGCCGGCUUCGUUUUCUUCUUUAUCCAGCAGCGCAAGAAGGGCCGCCUCGAACACGCCCUCGAGGAUACCAAGUGGAACACGGAGCGCACGGAAAUGAGCACCUUCCAGACGGAUUGGAAGCAAAGCGAAUGGAAACACAAGGGUUACCAGCCGGUCAAUUAG